AUUAUCCGUAAACCACAGAAUGCUUGUGGUCUCUGAAUUUACUUUACUACCCAUUAUCAGCGAUGGCAGUGAGGUUACUGAUACUGAAACCUCUUCUUUCGGGUUCCAUCUUGGGUCAGUGCUGCCGCGCUCGACGACCUCUUUUGCCCCAAGCCUUCUCCAGGAAACCACAAUUCAAAGUGUCUGCAGCAAAAAUGGCAUCCACUGAAGCAGAAACCAAUCGAAAUUCUUCUAAAGCCAAGGCCAUCGAUUCACAUUUGCACAUAUGGGCAUCUCCUCAAGAGGCUGCUGAUAUGUAUCCUUUCUUUCCUGGGCAAGAACCCUCGUUGCCUGGACAUUUAGACUUCUUGCUCCAGUGUAUGGAAGAAGCCAGUGUGGAUGGUGCACUCAUUGUCCAGCCCAUAAAUCACAAGUUUGAUCAUUCACUGGUCACGAGUGUCCUAAAGAAACACCCCACCAAAUUUGUCGGUUGCUGCCUUGCAAAUCCUGCAGAAGAUGGAACUGGGGUUAAGCAGCUUGAAGAUCUCAUUUUGAAGGAUGGUUAUGGUGCUGUUCGCUUUAAUCCAUAUCUAUGGCCUUCUGGCCAACAGAUGACAAAUGAAGUUGGAAAGGCAAUGUUUUGUAGAGCAGGAAAGCUUGGGGUGCCUGUGGGUUUCAUGUGCAUGAAGGGUCUGAAUCUUCAUAUUAAAGAGAUUAAGGAACUAUGCAUGGAGUUUCCUUCAACGGUUGUAUUGCUUGAUCAUUUGGCUUUCUGCAAACCACCAACAAAUGAUGAGGAAAAGCUUGCUUUCUCUGAGCUCUUAAAGCUAUCCAGAUUCUCACAGGUAUAUGUCAAAAUCAGUGCACUAUUCAGGGUGUCAAGAAUGCCAUUCCCAUACCAGGAUUUAGUUCCAAUUCUCUCUGAAGUUGUCUCAAGCUUUGGAGCAAACCGUGUCAUGUGGGGCAGUUCCCGAAUGCGGUUAUAAAGGAGCAAAAGAAGCAGUAUCUCUUAUUGCCAGUCAGGUACCUUUAUCAUCAUCUGAGGUAGAAUGGAUCAUGGGCAGAACACUUAUGCAACUCUUUCAAGGUCAAUGGCUUCCUUAGGCUAGUCUUUUAGUCAAUGUAUUUUUCUCAUGUACACCCAUCGUUUAACCGUACAGGUAUUUGUUUAGGGCUACAAUUUUAAGUCUAUUGUAUAAGUUGAUGAUUGAAUCCAGUCCAGUAGUUUUACAUUCA